AAUUUCGAGGAACUAGAACUAUUAGACCAAAAGACCAAAAAGAAGCGUCACUACGACUUUGUACGAUUUGGGCGAGCAGCGGGUCCAGAAAAGAAGGCCUCGUACGAUUACAUCCGAUUUGGUAAACGAAGUCAAAUUGAUUCAGACGACUUGAAUGCUCGAUUCUCACCCUAUCAAUUCUUGUAA